AUGGCGACGGGAGGAGAGAGGUUGUCGAAGCAGCAGCUUGCUGGUAAAUUUCAAAAAAAAACUUUAACAUUAGAUGAAAAGAUUAAGUUUUUGGAUUUUGCUAAGAAAAAUCCGAAAUUUGGAUGCAGAAAACUUGCAGAUAUUCACAGUAUCGGGAAAACAGCAGCAGCUACGAUCUUGAAGAAUGAAAAGAAAAUUCGUACUCAAUAUGAAAUGUUUCGUGAAAAAGACAAGAAACGUGAUCGUCAUGGAAAGGGCCAUAAGUUGAAUGAAAUUUUAUUUGAAUGGUACCAGGGAUGUACUGCUUCUAACAUCUACCCAAAUGGUGUUAUGUUGAAAGAGGAGGCGAUUGCAAUAAAAGAGCAACUAAAGAGCAGUAAAUUUGACGAUUUCAAAGCUUCUGAUGGCUGGCUAGAUCGCUGGAAAUCCACCUUCUCAAUCAAAGAACGUCGCAUUGUUGGCGAGGCUGGAGAUGUAUCUACAGAAACCGUUUCUUCUUAG